AUGGCCCGGAGAACCGUCGAAAAUUUUAACGGAUUCGUGGCGACGACGGUUCGUCCUCCGGCGAAGAAGUCGACCGCACAACCAGCAGCGCCAAGCCGAGCCAGGCCCGGGGUGACGGCGACCGGCAAAAAGAACGUACCGGUGCCGGCGGUAAAGACUACCGGCGCGGCGCCGACUGCGCCACCGAUCAAAAACAAAGAUCAACGUAACACCCACCCAUUUGCGAAAGUGGAAAACCCGCAACGAAAUGUUACUACAAAAAAACUCCCGGUCGAUGUUAAAAAUAAACAAGUAAAAGUUAGUAUCAAACAAAACGAAAAUAAAGUCUUAUACAAAGAAAACAAAGAAAAACCAAUCGACAAAGUUGAUAAUAGUACUGCGGCUCACAGCAAUUCAUCAGACGUAUCAGAUAACCAAGAAUAUGAAGAUGACUUUGAAGAUUAUGAAUCUGACUUUGAAUCUGAUACUUCGGUUGAUUCGUUAACACUUGAAUCGCCGUUGAAACCAACCAUGGUAAGCCAGAAAAUUUCAAAUGACACUGGAAGUGUGAAAUUUGCGCUUCCCGUGUGUGUGGAAGAAAAAUUAGAACCAUUCUUGGAUGAGAAGUUUGAAAUAAACUCGUUAGAACGGACUAUUGAGAUGGGCCUAAACAACUUUAAAACUGCCGGGAAGAGGAAGCGAGAACAAGAAGUAAAGGACAAAAUCCAAACUAGGGGAAUUGUUUUGAUGGAGAUGAUUAAGCUAGACACUGUUAGCUUUUCGCUGUUAGAUUUACCAGCAAUACCUUAUGAACAAUAUAUAAAAAUGUAUGGACGUUCAAACAUGACGCAGAUUCAAACACAAACUCAUGACGAAAACGCGGAGAAGGAAGUACAAACUGAUGAAUGUGAUUUGGCCGAAAAAUGGACUCAACAUCCCAUAGUCUUGACAAAUGAUAUGGCCUGUUCAUCAAUUGAAUAUUUGAGAGCGAAACAGGGAGUCGGUGGUACUGAACCACAUGAUAAUCAUCGUCGAACUCACAUAACCCUGGUAGAUCCUGACAGGGUGAUCGAGGUCGCCCGAAUGAUGCUUUCGAUGUUGGAACAGCAGUCAAUGGAUCGAGCUGAACAUAGGCUAGUUGCUAAUGACUUUGACUUAGACUUCAGCAAUGGCUACCUAAGACCGGCCGUCUCCUCCUUGAAAUUUCUCACAAAACGUACAGUCACAUCCAUAGAAUUCACGAAGGUCAUGUCAAAUGUCGAGUCACUUGUUACGAUGCAUGAAGUAAUGGAUUCAAUGUAUCAAUAUAUUAUAUGUAUCUGGAGUGUAUCAACUACAGAAUAUCCUGAGUAUGUUCUGAAAUGUCCUAACCAAGUUACAUCAUUUUGCACCAGCUUUAAGUCGACCACAGGAUUUGUUACAGCUGCACAUGUAGAUGGUAGUAUAUGCGUCUGGGAUUUAAGAGAAUCCAAACUGCAUCACCAGCAAGUUAACGAUCUCCCUUGUCCACUACGUUCGCCGUCUUACAAUACAGCAUUAUCAGUCGACCAAGGUCACAGGUCAAAAAUUGUUGGCUUAAGCACGGUAAUAUACAACAAUAUCACUAACGAAGAAUUACCAGACGAGCUUUGUAGCUUAGACGAAGAUUUUGUGUUGGCCGUAUGGACGGUCGUGAAUAGUUGGGAAGACGCUUCCUAAAUUUCAGAAAACAAAAGUUCCGGCACUGCACCAUGGAGUUCCGUGAGACUGGUUAAAAUGCAAACUAUCAACGCCAGUAAAAAUGUUCCUAGAUAUUUGUCGAAUGGUGUCACGGCCACAUGCUUGCGCUUAAAUAACAAUCAAGACGCUUUUAUUGGCACUAAUUGUGGACUGAUUUUUCGGUGCAAUUUGGGGGGACACAAAGUAUGGCCAUCGUACUUCACCUACGAGAAUACAGGUGAACAUUUUUCCGUGAGCUCGUUGGACAUCUGCCCAUUUGACUUGAAUUUUUUUUUGGCAGCUUGUUCGAGCAAUGAAGUUAUGCUGUACCGUGUUAGUCGUCCAGAAGCGCUGAAACGGUUGUUUGCAUCGCCAAAGGACGGACUGACUGCCCAUUCGCGUAUCAUGGAGGCUCGAUGGUGCACCGGAUAUCCCGGCAUCGUGUUCGGGUUGGAUUCAUUAUCCAGGGUACAUCUGUGGGACGUUUGCAACGAAACCUCUACACCCAUAAUGUCCGUACCAUUUCGAGGAAAGUCUAUUACGGCCAUGUCUUUGACGUCAUCGCCAAAAAACCGAAACAGCUACUUGGGAUUGGCGUUCGCUGACGGUGCAGUAGAAUUGCAUCUGUUGAAGUUGGAACAGAGGAACGAGACAACCGAUCGUAGCGACCAGCUCACUAUAUUUCUGGCCGGUCUAUAGAAGUCAACUGUUGCAAGCUACUAACAUAAUAUAGAAAUAAUGUGCCAACAACAGUGAUUUUAAUUUUAUAAUAUAUAAUAUAUUUUUCUAGCUUUGAUAACGUGUAAUAUAAUAAAAAAUAAUAUCGAUUACUCGUGCGGUACACAGUACUCUACGGAACAAAAAUACCGUCUUACAUACAUGUAUGUACAACUACGUAAUAUUAUUUUUAUUUUUAUUUGCCAUGUGCAUAACUAUAAACUUUUAUAACUGUAUAUACUAUUGGUGUGUAAAAGGUAAAAAAAAAUAUAUAAUAAUAUAGUAUUAUAAUAACAAAUAAUAAAUCAAACAUAAUAUUAUAA